ACAUGAAGUGCAAUCGGCCAAUGCAUAGAUAGACACGAGCAUUUUUCUUAAGACCAUUAUGUCCCUAACAAUAUUCAUCCUUAUAUAAAUUGUAGAGAUACUUAUAAGUUAUAACAUUAGAGUGAGUAUUAAAUAACAAAGAACUGAAUAUUAAAAUGUACUAAUGUCUUUUUUUUGUCUUUUUAUCUACUAAUCACCCAAAGCAAAUAUGUAAAUUACCAAACAAAUUUAUGUAACCCGGGAACAAAUUCGCUCGUCAAAUCUACCGACUUAAUCCGGGGUUUAGAACCUGAGAAUAUAUCUGCUAACCCCCACCAGAUAACAACCCAAAGCCCCACAGAUCUGAAUUAUCUGAUAUCCCACUGCCGAAUCAAUCCACAAAAAACUCAUCAACUGGCUGCAAGCAGUUCACCAUUGCGGCCACCGGAUUCACCUACCGGCCGGCCGGGGCUUGUUCCAAACCACCCAACUCCGUCUGCUGUCCCGCGGAAAACUCUUUCUCUCUCUCCCUCCCCCCGUUUCCAACACCUCGAGGCCUGUGCGAUUUCUCCCCAGGUUUGGUGUGUCCGCGCGGCCACCAGUAUGAUAACAGCGUUGUCAUCAGCAUUUUCAGAGUGGAUGCUCAUCUUUAUGUUAUUUAUAGAUGGUGCUUUUGGUUAUUUGAUCACCAGGUUUGCCCAAUAUUGUCAGUUGCAAACCCCGUGUUUGUUCUGCUCGAGGCUGGAUCAUGUUCUGGGCAAGCAAAGAUCAUGGUUUUACUGGGAUUUGAUCUGCUGCAACCAUAAGUCGAUGAUCUCUUCCUUGGUUCUUUGCGGUCUUCACAAUAACGCUGUUGAUGCUCAUAUAAGGUAUGACAGCUGCCCCUCCUCAUCUGAAACAGUAAAUAAAUCAGACACCCAGGCGCAUAAAUUGCUGGUGGGGGGAAUAUGUGCAGAAAGUCACCUUCUUGUUGACCAGACUCUUUUGAGCGAAAGCCUUUGCCCGGAGGAGCUGUCUGUUUCUAAAGGUUUUGCCCAAAAGCUGCUUCCAAUUAAAUAUGUCAGGCCCCAGGCAGCUGAUGGGCUCGAUUCACCUUUACCUGUGAAGAAUGCGGAUGGUGAAAAAGGGGAUAAUUCCAAACAAGAUUUGAUCGAUUCAUGUAUUCUUCCUGAACGUCAUAGUAUUACUAUUUCGGAGGAGUUGUCACCUGAGAAAUUGAUCCAUCAAUCUUCAGUGCCAUUUUUAGGUUCAGAAGUACAGUUGGAAGGCGUCAGAGGUUCCGCUUCCAAUGAAGUAUCAGCUGAAGAUGUUGACAGUGGUUCAAUUGAAAUCAACUCGAGGCAAGCUGAGCAUGGUGAACUUAUAUCUUUCUAUGAGGACCUUCCAUUGCCAUUUGCCGUCACUACUCGUCAUAAUAUGCAGGGAGAACCUUCUGAUGCAACAAUGACAGGUAAGUUGAACAAGGAAAUGCCGCCUAAGAUGGAUAGUGACUGCUUCAUGUCAAGUGAACCCUUGUUGGAUUCUAAGCCAGAUACAGCUCAUACUACUACUAGUACACAUAGGGCAGCACCAUCUUUAGAUUUAGGCGAUGCUUAUAAGCUGGCUACUAGCAGCAGGGUCAUGGCUGUUAGGCAACUCUCAGGAAAGUUUUUGAAGCAGUUGUCUUUGAAGGGUUCAACACAAAACAGUGAAGACUUGAAGCUUCUGCUAUCCCAGUUUUCUUCAUCACGGGGGAUUGAUUCAUCAUCAUCAAAUGAUACCAUCACUAAACCGUCUCAACUUGAGAGAAACGAGUCUAAUAUCUCGCUUGAAGGAAGCAUGGUGAGUGAAAUCGAAGGAGAAAGCAUGGUUGAUAGGUUGAAACGACAGGUGGAGCAUGAUAGGAUAUUCAUGAGCGGAUUGUACAAAGAAUUAGAAGAGGAGAGAAGUGCUUCUGCAGUUGCUGCAAAUCAAGCAAUGGCAAUGAUUACUAGACUGCAAGAAGAAAAAGCAGCGCUUCAGAUGGAAGCCUUACAAUGCUUGAGAAUGAUGGAGGACCAAGCAGACUUUGACAACGAAGCACUUCAAAAAGCAAAUGAAAGUAUUGCGGAGAUGGAGAAAACGAUACAAGACUUAGAAGUCGAGCUUGGCGUAUACAAAAAGAAAUAUGGUGAUAUUACUCUCUUGAAGGACGUUGAGGCUAGUUGUGAUUCAAGUAGUCUUAGGGAGUUGAGUUUAACUCUUGAUUUUGAAAAUGAAAAACUUUACAUCAAGAGAUGUUUAGAGAAAUCGGAAGAGAAGCUUCGUCUAUUCUCUAUCAUGGCCUCUACAGAUAGGGUUAACUAUGAUAUUUCAGCAAAGGAAUGGGUUAAAGUGAGUAAUAAUUACACAGCAAUUGAGCAGAAGGAGGAUUUUCAAGAAAAUAGUGAAAUAGAAGGUACUCGUUUCCAACUCUAUGCAAUGAAAGAAAAAGCAAUGCCUUCUUCUCAAGAAUUAUCUGCAUUGCCACUCCGUGAAGCUGAAUAUGAUGAAAGCAAAACAGGGGGUGAAAACAAACCCAGUCACUCAGCUGAAAGUAUUGACUUGGAUAAACUAAGCAACAAGCUGUCUACUAUGACUGAGAGAUUAAAACAGCUAGAGGAAGAGUAUAACAUAAUUCAGCAUUCCAUCAACUCACUCCGAAAUGGGGAAGAGGGGCUUAAAUUUGUACAUGAGAUAGCUGGUCACUGCAACAAUUGCAUUUGAGAAAAAAAUGACCCUUUUAUGAAAAGAUCCACAUGUAUGAAAGGCCACAAGUUGACUUUGCUGAUACAAGGAUGGUAACAAGCAUUUUGAGAAAUGAACUUUGUGAGUGUGUACAAACUCAUCUACUUUCUCAUAGCCUCACAGGAACCAACAUGUCGAAGAUUUUAGAACACGUAGCGUGUGAGUAAAUGUGCCGGUUUGUGUUUUGCUUCUUCCUUGUUUUAGUUGUUUGCUUUUCCCUGUGUCACUAUAGUAGUGGGUCUUCCCUCAGAUUGCUUGAAAAUUCAAUAUUUGAAAUAUUUCCUCAUUGUUGGGGGGCCACUUAUAUGCAAGUCAAUAACUUUUGAGUAAGCUUCCACCAUAAUGGUUUCCAAUAGUGCGUUGCAAUUUUACUUUUGAAAUAUUUAUUAGGGAGAACUUCAUUUCCAG